GCUGAAUAUUAUCAUGAGAUCUAGCGGUAUAUAACUACACUGCCCCUACACGAAAGUCAAGAUCACAUUAAAUACCCUCGAUAUUCAAUUUGUUCCCUGCCAACCUUGCUGCGAAUCUCACAACAGACCAACACGCACCAUGCUCACAAGGGAGACGGCUGUUAUGCUUGCCAAGUAUAACAACUGGGCCGACCAAGUACUUUUCGCAGCGAUUCAGAAACAGCUGCCGUCUGGGGCGGUCUACCAGCCGCGCACGACUCUUUUCAAGUCCAUGAUGGGCACACUCAACCACAAUCAUCAGGUCGACCUGAUCUGGCGUGCACAUCUACUCGAAGAGGACCACGGCUUCUCGACCCGCCGUGAUCUGUUAUACCCGAAAUUUGAGGAGUUGGUCGAAAAGCAGUUUGAGGUCAACCAGUGGUACAUCGAUUGGGCGACCAGGCAAGAUGAGGAAAGCUUCAGCAAGCGAUCCAAGUUCAAUUACGUCAACGGCACACCUGCAGAGAUGACUUUGGGUGGCAUGUUUCUUCAUGUUAUCAACCACAAGACCUACCAUCGAGGUUGGGUUAGUGAGAUGUUCUUCGAGCACAGCACGAAUCCGCCCGAGACCGAUCUCUGUGUUUACUUGUGCCAAUAAUGGCAUGGAUCUGGACUCUGGGCGCCUAUAUCCUGGGCACGUCAGAAGGCUGGGAAUGCUUCCACCGGAAAUCUUGACAAUGCAAAGAAGGAACGGUUCGUUAAGCACCGCAAUAUUAGUAUGAACUUGGGUAGAAUAGAAGUUGAAACUGAUGACAGUCAACCCAGACCACGUUAGAUGAGGGGGAAAGCUGCUAUUGUGCUCAGCCGUAUUGGAGCUUUUACAAGAUGACUGCACGCGUUAACAGUUAGAAACCCAGGAUUA